AUGGCUGAAAUCGUUGUUGCUGCCUACCCAAAGGGUGCCAACAUGAAUUUUGAUUACUACCUGAAGAACCAUGUCCCCAUGGUUUUCGGUUUCUGGCAGCCCUACGCCAAGAGCUGGAGGGCCGAAAAGCUGGCCCCUGAGGCCGACAGCCCUUAUGACUUCAUGAUCUUCAUCGAAUUCGAGCAUGCCGGCGACUUCGGAAAGGCAUGCGCUGCCCUCAGUGCAGAUAAGAGCCAGAGGAUUGAUGAUGACCUGAAGAAUUACUCGCAAAAACCGCCGGUUUUCUGGACCCAGGAGCGCAUUGGAUUCGGAUCAGCAUGA